CGGGUCUUAAAGGGCCCUCCGCCCAAAUCCUUUUAGCCUUUUUGCCUACUCGAGGUCCUCUAUCGAAUGAUGUAUGAACGAACGAAAUCGGAGCCGGACACCUGGGGCGGUUCCCUCGUCAGAAGAAUUUUUAAUCGUCUAAACUACUUCUUGUUUUUUUAUUUAGUAUGAUUUGUAUUCCAUGUUUUAUUAUCGAUUACAUUCAUUGAUUAAACAACAAUUAGUUAAUGGAAACACUUUUCAAAGUCGAAUUAUUUAUGUUCAUUGUUUACAUGUGUUUUGUGUACUCGUUAAUACCAUGCCGUUUUCAAAUGAAGUAAUAUAAUUUCUAAAACAUAUAAUGCUUCUGUUCUAUUAUUUUUUUUUCUAGUUAUCAUCUCAACUUCCACAAGAAUUUAAUGAAAUUCUCUAUUAUAUCCUUAUGGAUGAAUGUUUUCAUAUAUCCUAUCCAUUAUUACGAAAUAGUAUUAUUAAAAUAGCUGAACAAAUUGAUCCCGAUAAUUAUCAUGUUUAUAUUGAAUCAGACAAUGUUUGUCAAUCUUUUACGAGUGCUUGUCAACUGUUAUCACUGAAUGAAAAUGAUACACAAAAUACAAUGAAAAUUAUCAAUUUGGCAGAUGUCGCUUUACUUGGCAUACCAUAUCAUUAUAAUUUUACUGUUAUUAAACGAUUUAUUAAUGCUUGUUCUCGUUUACAUAUGGAAAGUUCAAUAUAUGAUAAAUCAAGUAAACAACAUUCGAUCGAUAUAUUAUUAAAAUAUAUGAAACACGAACAACCUCAAAUUCGUACAUCAGUCUAUCAUUCAUUAGCUAUGCUUAUAACAAGUCGAUUAUCAAUUGAUGAAACAACAAAACCGAAAAAAAAUUUAGCUUCAAAUCAUUUUAAUUCAACAGCAGCAAAUUAUGAUGAAACACAAUUUUUAAUUAAUAUUCGUCUAUUAACCGAUAUUGUAAUUAGUGGAAUGAAUGAUUUAGCAACAAAGGUAUCCGAUUAUUCACGCUUAAUUUUAUUACAUUUACUUCAAUGUAAACUUCUUGUAUCAAAAACAUUCUGGAAAAAUUUAAUAACAAUAAUUGGAUUAGUAUUACCUCAACUACAGUGUUAUAGUAGUAAAAUUGAUCCACUUGGCCAAUGUAUCCUACAUUUAUCCUCAGAUACUGAUAUUGAACAAUCAAUAUUUACUUUAAAUCAACGCCUUCAAGCCUCAUUUAGAUAUUUAUUUUCAAAAGAUAAAGAUGUAAGAAAGGCAGGUUAUCGACAAUGUGUGGGCUACUUGUUAUAUGGAACAAAAAUUAGAUUAGAUGAUUUUUAUCAACUUUAUUCGGCUGAUAAUGUAUGUGAUUUAUUUAUAAAACAAUUUCCAUCAAAUUUAGAUAAUUCUAUCGAAUCAAAAGAAUUAAUUAAUAUUGAAAAAUUUUUACGAGUAUAUACAAUAUUUUCAUCAACUGAUACAAUUGAUUCAAGUGUAAGAAAAUCGGCACUCGAUCAAAUUUCUACAAUAUUGCAAGAUCCUUCAUUACAUACAUCAUUUUUAACACAUGGUGGUUUCGAAAAAAUUCUUCAAGAACUUCAAAAUAAUUUAAAAAAAGAUUCUAUUAUUUGUGAGAAUGAUUUUCAUUCUACUAUUACAUCAUGUGUCAAAAUAAUUCGUCUAUUAACACAGUACAAUCGUCAAUUACAAAAAAAGUUUUCAUAUGAUAAUGAUCUAAUGAAAUUAUUGUUCAAAGUUGCCGUAUGUUGUCAUGAUGAUAUUGAAAUAUGUUAUAAUAUUGGUCAUAUAUUGACAUUAUUACUAUUUGAUAAAACAUUAAAUUCGGAUCAAGAAGUUUCCUCACAAUCUUUUUCUGUAGAUUUUUUAAUGGCAAAAUAUUUUCAAUUUCCAUUUCGUGUUCAACUCGAUACGUCACUUUCAUCAUCAAUAACAACAACAACUACAAUAAAAAAACCUGAUCCAUUAUGUGAACCAAUUGUACAACAAAAAUUUCGGUUUUUUUGGAAUGUCUUAUGGCAUGGUUCAAUUGAUCAAUUAGAUAAUGAUAUGGAUACGAGUUCCUACUCAAAAGAUAUGCAAGUGGAUUUUGAAUCGUCGAUGAUCUUAACUGAAUCUGAUCGAAAAUGUUUUUCAUUAACCUAUCCUAGACGAACAAUACGUUUACAAUUAUCAUUACUUAGUGAAGCGGAAAAUCAUUCAUCUGUAAUUGAAACAUUACAAGGAUUAACUUGUCUACUAUUAUUAUCAAAUAAUAAUGUUCAUUUAAUUGAAUACAAUCAAUUAGGAAAUUUACUUGAUCAGUAUGUUUUAUCUUUUAUAAUAAUCAUAGAUAUAUUUGUUUUUUAUUUAUUUCUCACCUUGUCUGUUUCUUUUUUGAGUUAUCUCAAUAUAGCUCCAUCAUCAUCAAACGAUGAAAAACUAUUACAAACAAUAUUUGAAACACUUGAAAUUAUUUCAGUAUGCUUUUUAAAUUCAUCAACGGCACAUACUGAUUAUUUUGAUUGGAUAAAACAUGUUUUAUUGAAUCCAUCAGUAUCAAUAUUAGAUUUAAAUAGAGAUUUGGAUUUGUUGAAAAAAUUCUUUCGUUUUUUAUCAGUAUAUUAUACUCAUUCAACUGUUACAUCAGAAUGUUUUACUGACAAAUUAUUCAAUAAUAUUUUAAAUUAUGUUAAACAAACAAAUCAUACAUUUUCAAAAUUAGCACUUAUAUUAGGAGCCAUUGACCUUAUUUGUUCCUUUCAUGAGGGACGAAAAGAAGCAUCAUCUGCUUUUAUGGCACAUGCUGUUACACGAACAACAUGUCAAACAUUACUAAAUGUAUUAAUUGCUAUGAAACAUCUAGCAUCGGUGUCUAAUCGAAAAGAGUUAACUAAUGAAUCGUCUAGUUUGAAUAAUUGGCUACAAAGUUUAACAUCUUUAAAAUGGUUAAAGCCAUUAUGGAAAUAUGAUGAUAUUCAAGUUCGAACAACAUCGUAUGCAUUAUUAGCCAGUAUUAUUAGUCAACCGAGUGGACGAACAAUUUUAUUUUCAAAUGACAUUAGAGGUGAUACCGAUGAAGAAGAACGCCUAUUAUACAUGUUAUUCAAUAUUUUAUUAGACAAAUAUGAAUGUAGCUAUGUUAAAGAACAGAUUUGUAACGUCUUGAUUAGUAUUACCGAUUCUAUGAUCAUAGAUGAAUCAACAAUGACCAACAACAACAAUGUAACAGUUGCAGAAUUAUUAUGCGUAAUCAAUGAAAUAGAAUUUUUUACAAAAAUUGGCUCAAUUAUAAUGUCAAAUUUUUAUCCAUUUAUUACAUUGAAUAUAAAUGAUUUACGUAUUAAAAAUUCACAAGAAGAUAAACAAAUAGAAAAUGAUAAUAUAUUUUCAUCCGAAUCACUUACAUCUCCCAUGUUACUUGGUAAUAUUUGUUCAUUAUUAUAUAAUUUAACGAUGCUUUCAUCAACAGAAUUUACAAUUAUUAAUAAGAAUGAAAAGCGUACAAUUAAUUUUGCUCGAGUAUUAAUAACAUUUUUGGAUGUUAGACCGUUGAGUUCAAAUGAUCAACAGAUAAUUAGUGAUAAUGAAUAUCAAUCAUAUGUAGAUGAAAUGUUUUAUAUGUAUUCGGCAAUAGCAAAUUUUUUAUGUUUAAUCUAUGAUAUAGAUUCAACAAAAUCUGUCCACAAUUAUGAUUAUAUUACCGUUGAUAUACUUACACAAAUUGUUUCUUUACUAGGAUAUACAAAUGAAAAAGAAAAUUAUAAUCCAUUAAAAUAUUUUUGGCAAACAAAAAUAAAUGUAUCUCAAUUAUUAACCAAUAUUCUUCUUUAUUGUUCAACAAAUUUACGUCAUUUAACAAUCUAUGUAUUAACUAAAUAUGCAACAAGUCUCUUUGAAAUUAUCUCACUAUCAAAUGUAUCAUCACCAUCGUCAAAUACAACAAUAUCUUCUAUUUUACAUUUAUUAGCAUUAUGUAUUGCACAGUCAGUCGGAGAUGAACAAAAACAAUUAUGGAUAGAUUAUUUUGAUAAAACUAAUAUACAAACCAUAAGCAAUGGAACAAACAUUUUUAAUCAAUUAUUAACAAUUUAUGAAAGUUUAUUAAAUAUAGAAUCAACUGAUACGUAUAAACUGAUCGUAUCAAACAUGUUAAAAUCACUUUUACACAUUAGUCAAACGGCUAAACAAGAAGCAAUUAAAAACGGUUUCAUUGAAUCACAAAUGGAUCAUUUAAAACGUGUUCAAACAAAAUUAACAUUAUACUCAUUACAAACGGAUAAAUGUGUUGGCAAAGAUGAUGUUCUUAUCGAUGAAUGCAUACAAGUACUCACAAUCUUAAAUAACAUGGCAUACGAUUGUACGGCGGCAAAAGAAGUGCUUGCUACAAGUGGUUUAAUAUCAUAUAUUCAUCAAAUAUGGUGUUGGGCAGUUGUUGAUGUGCAAUUGUUAAACGCCAUUUUGCUUGUGUUGGCUACAAUCACGGCAAAAAAUCGAAAAGGUUGUGUCAGUGUAUGUGCCACAUUUUUACCGUCAACAACCGCAUUAACCAUACAAUCAGCCGAUCAACAACGUACAUUAUCAAAUUUAUUAUCGUAUGUACUAAAAUUAAUUACUAAACAAUUAUCAAGACAAAUUUCUCUGGAUACUGCUUUUGAUCUUAUUCAAAAUUGUUGUAUUGAAAUUGAAGGAAGAAGUAUUUUAUAUAAAUCAAAUUUUUUACAAAGUUUUGUUAAUCAUUUUGAACGUUUAACAAAAGAGCCAAAUAAAUAUGAUAAACGAUGGUUGGAUAUUUUAAUUAAUGUUUCUUUCUUUGCUGACGGACAAACGGCUCUCUUGAAACAUGCAAAUAUAUUCAAUAUUUUAAUACGAUUGGCACAAUCAUCUCCAAUUUCUAAUCAACGACAAACAUUAUUAAUUUUACGUAAUUUAGCAUUUUCACCGAAUCAUAAAGCUAGACUAUUGGGGGAAUCAAAAUAUAUUCCAACAUUAAUGGCACAUUUCUUUUCAAAAAUGUCAGAUAUGUCGUAUACAGCCUUAACAGCUGUAUGGGCACUUAUUGUUGAUUCUCAAAAGGCUAAAGUAGCAAUAAGAAGUACAAAUAUUCUACCAAUGUUAUUUGAAUUGAAAACAAACGUAAGAAAUCAUGAUAAUCUACUAUGUUAUCAUGCCGUCUCAAACGUUAUUCAAUUAUUAACAGAAGAUUAG